CGCCGAUUUGAUCAUGUGACACUCAUGUGAUGUGUAAACAGUAGGAUACAGAUGAGGAGCUGAUCUGAUCUGAGAGGAGGAGAGGAAUGGAUCUCUGAGGACCUACUCUGACUGCUCGCUGUGAGUGAAGGCUGCCACCAUGGUGGACUUUCUUGCGGAGAAUAACCUCUGUGGACAGGCCAUCCUGAGGAUUGUGUCUCGGGGACACGCCAUCAUCGCAGAACUGCUGCGCCUCUCUGAGUUCAUCCCCGCAGUCUUUCGGCUCAAAGACAAGACUGACCAACAGAAGUAUGGAGACAUCAUCUGUGACUUCAGCUAUUUCAAGGGUCCAGAGUAUUAUGAGAGUAAGCUCGAGGCAAAACCAGACCUUCAGGACCUGGAUGAAGAAUUCCGGGAAAACAACAUUGAAAUAUUGUCACGCUUUUAUCUGGCCUUUGAAAGCGUCCAUAAGUACAUUGUAGAUUUGAUAAGGUUCAUGGAUGACCUGAAUGAAGGCGUCUACAUUCAGCAGACUCUGGAAACAGUUCUACUGAAUGAGGAUGGAAAGCAGCUUUUGUGUGAAGCCCUGUAUCUCUACGGUGUGAUGCUGCUGGUGAUAGAUCAGAAAAUAGAAGGAGAGGUCAGAGAGAGAAUGCUGGUGUCCUACUACAGAUACAGUGCAGCUCGAUCCUCAGCCGACUCAAAUCUGGAUGAUAUCUGCAAGCUCUUACGCAGCACCGGCUACUCCAGCCACCCAGGAGCCAAACGUCCACCCAACUACCCAGAGAGCUACUUCCAGAGAGUGCCAAUCAGCCCCACCUUCAUCAGCAUGGUCAUUGGCCGCCUGCGCUCUGACGACAUCUACAAUCAGGUGUCUGCAUAUCCGCUGCCCGAGCACCGGAGCACAGCAUUAGCCACCCAAGCAGCCAUGCUCUACGUCUGCCUCUACUUCACACCCUCCAUCCUACACACCCAGCAGGCCAAGAUGAGAGAGAUCGUCGACAAAUACUUCCCUGAUAACUGGGUGAUCAGCAUAUACAUGGGCAUCACUGUGAACUUGGUGGAGGCAUGGGAACCUUACAAAGCAGCUAAAAUUGCCCUGAACUACACGCUAGAUCCAGCCAACAUUAAAGAACAGGCAUGUCGCUACGCAACCAGCGUGGAAAGCCUGCGACCGCAGGUGCAGCAGCUGCUGAAGGAGGGAUUCCUGAGGGAAGAGAUCGUCCUGGACAACAUCCCAAAGCUGCUCAACUGCCUGCGGGACUGCAACGUCGCCAUCCGCUGGCUGAUGCUGCACACUGCAGAGUCAGCUUAUGACCCAAAUAAUAAACGACUGCGCCAAAUCAAGGAUCAAGCUAUUAAUGACUCCAAAUACAACCCCAAGAUCCUGUUCCAGCUGCUCCUGGACACGGCCCAGUUUGAGUUCAUACUGAAAGAGAUGUUCAAACAGAUGUUGACUGAAAAGCAGCUGAAAUGGGAGAGCUAUAAGAAAGAAGGUUCGGAAAGGAUGACUGAACUGGCGGAGGUUUUCUCCGGGGUCAAGCCUCUCACCAGAGUGGAGAAAAACGAGAACCUGCAGGCGUGGUUCAGAGAAAUAUCCAAGCAGAUCGAGUCCCUGAACUACGAGGAUUCCACAGCAGCAGGGAGGAAAACUGUGCAGCUUAUUCAGGCUCUAGUGGAGGUGCAAGAGUUCCACCAACUGGAGUCCAACCUGCAGGUGUGCCAGUUCCUGGCUGACACACGCAAGUUCCUGCACCAAAUGAUCCGCACGAUAAACAUCAAAGAGGAGGUGCUGAUCACCAUGCAGAUUGUUGGGGAUUUAUCGUACGCCUGGCAACUUAUAGACAGUUUCACAUCCAUCAUGCAGGAGAGUAUCAGAGCAAGCCCCUCUAUGGUCACCAAGCUUCGAGCAACGUUUCUGAAGUUGGCUUCAGCUCUGGAUCUUCCCCUAAUGCGCAUCAAUCAGGCCAACAGCCCAGAUCUGCUCAGCGUGUCCCAGUUCUACUCCGGAGAGCUGGUGGCCUACGUCAGAAAGGUGCUGCAGAUCAUUCCAGAGAGCAUGUUUACUUCUUUGGCCAAAAUCAUUAAACUACAGAUCCAUGACAUCAUGGAAGUGCCCACACGCCUGGAUAAGGACAAGCUGAAGGACUACGCCCAGCUCGGGGCUCGAUACGAGGUUGCCAAACUGACUCAUGCCAUUUCAAUCUUCACUGAAGGAAUUCUGAUGAUGAAGACAACACUUGUUGGAAUCAUCAAGGUGGAUCCCAAGCAGCUGUUGGAGGACGGUAUAAGGAAGGAGCUUGUGAAACGAGUUGCCUAUUCUCUUCACAAAGGCCUCAUCUUCAACCCUAAAGCUAAACCCAGUGAACUGAUGCCCAAGCUGAAGGAAAUGGCAGCUACAAUGGACGGCUUCUACCGCUCUUUUGAAUAUAUCCAGGACUACGUCAGCAUCUACGGCCUGAAGAUCUGGCAGGAGGAGGUGUCUCGCAUAAUUAACUACAAUGUGGAGCAGGAGUGCAACAGUUUCCUCAGAACAAAGAUUCAGGACUGGCAAAGCAUCUACCAAUCCACACACAUUCCCAUUCCAAAGUACCCACCAGUUGAUGAGUCGGCCACUUUCAUUGGCCGCCUUUGCAGAGAGAUCCUGAGGAUCACAGAUCCAAGGGUGACUUGUUACAUUGAUCAGAUGAACACUUGGUAUGACAUGAGGACACACCAGGAGGUCACCAACAACCGGCUCUUCACAGAGAUCCAGGACACGCUGGGGACGUUCGGCCUGAACGGAUUGGACCGCCUCCUCUGCUUCAUGAUAGUGAAGGAGCUACAGAAUUUCCUGACUGUACUUCAGAAGUCCAUCCUCAAGGACAGAUCUGUAGUUGACAUUUUCAAAGCCUUGCUGACUGCAGUAAACCCAGUGAAAGGCAUUGUGGCAACAGCAAGCAAAGUCUACGCCAACGCCGUGGCCAAAACACAGAAGAUCUGGCCUGCGUAUCUGGAAUCAAUAAUGAAGGUGGGUCAGAUGCAGAUCCUGAGGCUGCAGAUCGCUAAUGAGCUGAACUACUCCUGCAAGUUUGACUCCAAACAUCUCGCAGCAGCACUUGAGAAUCUGAACAAGUCUCUGCUUGCUGAUAUUGAAGCUCACUAUCAGGACCCCAGUCUGCCCUACCCUAAAGAGGACAACACGCUCCUGUAUGAGAUCACUGCCUAUCUGGAGGCAGCAGGGAUACACAACCCCCUCAACAAAAUCUACAUCACCACCAAGCGCCUGCCUUAUUUCCCCAUCGUCAACUUCCUGUUCCUCAUCGCCCACCUGCCCAAGCUCCAGUACACUAAAAACCAAGGAAUGACUUGCAGGAGGGCAGCUGACCCGGUGGACUGGGUCCCGCUGGUGCUGGGAUUACUGACCCUGCUGAAACAGUUCCACUCAAGAUACACAGAGCAGUUCCUCGCUCUGAUUGGUCAGUUCAUCCGCUCUAUUAUGGAGCAGUGUACCAGUCAAAAGAUUCCAGACAUGCCGUCAGACGUGGUUGGAGCGCUGAUGUUUUUAGAGGAUUAUGUGCGUUACACAAAACUGUCCAGAAAGGUGGUUGAAGCUCACGUCCCAAGUUUCAUUUUUGAUGAAUUCCGAACUGUGCUGUGAUGAUUCACUUCAUCCACAGGAACUCUUGAUUCAUUUGCCUUUAACAAAUCUACAAAUCAUUUGUGGCACCAUUUUGCCUUUUUGUUUUGUCUUAAAUCACUAAUGGUUCAUUGAUUUACUCUAAAAUUUAAUUUUGGCAACAUUUUCAUACUGUAUGAACUGUUUCAUCAUGUAAUAAUAUAGUUAUACUAACUAAAUGUAUAGAUGUUCUUGUAAUUAAUUCUUAAUAAAUUAAUGGUUUGAGUGAA